AUGCUUCAGUUUGGUCACCAGUCUAAAAUUCCUAAAGAUUCAGCUUGUCUUCUGGCAACUGGUACAAAGAACAUGGGCCACAUCAACAACACAUUUGGUUUGGCUGUGAUCCUCGGACGCCAGAGUCAAAAGGGAUCAAACCCCAAUGAGGCGUAUCGGACAGUCUCUCAGAUCAUCAAACAUCCCAGCUACAACGCUAGCACUAGUGACAAUGACAUCUCCCUCCUGAAGCUCUCCUUACCGGUUACUUUCAAUGACUACAUUCUGCCAGUGUGCCUGGCAGCCUCAGACAGCACUUUCAACGACGGCGUGGACACCUGGAUCACCGGCUGGGGCAACAUCGGAUUUGGAGUACCCCUUCCUUUCCCACAAAAACUACUGGAGGUGGAGGUGCCUGUUGUUGGGAACAAACAGUGUAACAGUAACUAUAGCAGCAAUAUCACAAUCACAGACAACAUGAUCUGCGCCGGGUUACGUGAAGGAGAGAAGGGCUUCUGUCAGGGGGACUCAGGUGGUCCGAUGGUGACAAAGACAGGAAGAGUCUGGGUCCAGGCUGGAGUCAUGAGCUUUGGUUUUGGUUGUUUGUUGCCUAAUCUACCAGGAGUCUACACCAGAGUGUCCACGUAUGAGUCCUGGAUCAACAGCCAAGUCACCAGUGACCAGCCAGGCUUCGUCUUCUCCAUGUCCAGUGACCUCUCUAAGGUUGAAGGUUAUAAUCCUGCAAGCAGAAACCACAGUGGUAAUUCAGGGAGGGCCGAGCAUUGCUCACUCUGUGUUUUUAUCGUCUGUCUCUCUGUAGUGUGUGGUCGUCCUCCGCUCAACACCAGGAUUGUUGGAGGACAGGUGGCCUCUGAAGGCAGCUGGCCCUGGCAGGUCAGUCUGCAAAGAUCUGGGAGCCACUUCUGCGGAGGAUCCCUCAUUAACAAAGAAUGGGUGCUGACGGCUGCUCACUGCUUCAAAAGCACCAGCACAGCUGGUUUGGCUGUGGUCCUCGGUCUCCAGAGUCAAGUGGGGUACAACCCCAAUGAGGUGUCUCGCAGAGUCUCUCAGAUCAUCAAACAUCCCAGCUACAACCCUAGCACUUUUGACAACGACAUCUCCCUCCUGAAGCUCUCCUCACUGGUUACUUUCAACAACUUUAUUCUGCCAGUGUGCCUGGCAGCCUCAGACAGCACUUUCAAUGACGGCGUGGACACCUGGAUCACCGGUUGGGGCACCAUCGGAUCUGGAGUACCUCUUCCUUACCCACAAAACCUAAUGGAGGUGGAGGUGCCUGUUGUUGGGAACAGACAGUGUAACAUUGACUAUGGCGGCAUAAUCACAGACAACAUGAUCUGCGCCGGGUUACGUGAAGGAGGGAAGGAUUCCUGUCAGGGGGACUCAGGUGGUCCAAUGGUGACAAAGACAGGAAGUGUUUGGGUCCAGGCUGGAGUCGUGAGCUUUGGUGCAGGUUGUGCGCAGCCUAAUAUCCCAGGAGUCUACGCCAGAGUGUCCGAGUAUCAGUCCUGGAUCAACAGCCAAGUCACCAGUGAGCAGCCAGGCUUCGUCUUCUCCAUGUCCAGUGACCUCUCUAAGGGUAAUUCAUGUCUGUUAGCUACAGUCAUGUGUUUUUCUGUCAUGAUGACCAUGUUUUACUAACUAAUGUAUUCUUAU